GACACCACGUGAACAUAUCGCCGAAGGCCUGUGCGCAUGCGUGAUGAGCCGGCGCUCAGUCCGGGAUCUCUACGUGCCCCCGCAGUGAGCGAGCAAGCGCAAAGCGCGGCCUCAGCCCUGUGCUCGUCCUCGGCAACAACAACAAAAACAACAACACAAUAACAGCAACAACAAGCGGUCAAAGUGUUCCCGCGCCUACGUUAAGAGAGCCGAGCCAAAGAGCCUGCUGACACCGGCUCGUAGUGAGGAGUUUGCAUUGCCCUCGAUCCUUGUGUGGAGCUCAGCGAACUACAAGGAUCUGGCGAGAGUCAGAUGGCAGAGACGGUGAAGUACGUAGACGACGAGCACAAGAACAUUUUCCUCAAGUUGCUGAACGAGCAGCGGCUAGAAGGCGACCACUGCGACAUCGCCGUGGUGGUCGAAGACGUCAAGUUCCGGGCUCACCGCUGCGUCCUGGCGGCGUGCUCCAACUACUUCAAGAAACUCUUCAAGAAACACGAGGUGGACAACUCGUCUGUAAUCGAGAUCGACUUUAUCCGCUCCGACAUCUUUGAGGAGGUGUUGAACUACAUGUACACAGCCAAGAUCUCCAUCAAGAAGAGAGACAUCAACCUGAUGAUGUCAUCGGGACAAAUCCUCGGCAUCCGUUUCCUGGACAAGCUCUGCUCGCAGAAACGGGACAUGUCGUCUGAGGAUAAAGACAAAUUUCCUUUUGACAUUGUAAAAAUGGCGCUGCCCCCUGAGGCGCAACUAGCUGCUGAGGCAGAGGGGCUCGGGGAGCACGAGGACCCGCAUGCCGCGGAUGACCUCGUUGGGGCCGCGGCCAAUCAGGACCUAGAUAAGUCUCCCAAUGCGGCGCUUCGUGUUCAGGAGGCCAUUUUGAAAGAGCUGGUCAAUGAGGAUGUACACAAGGUGUCCUGCUAUGACCAAGACGUGGGGACGGAGAUGGAGACGGAGCCAAAAGAACUGGGAGCAGAUCACCACGCCACCCAGACGCUAACAUUUGCAGACAGCAUGGGCGAGGUCAAAGACGAGCAGCCGCCCGGUUGGGCCACAGCGACGGCGGACAUGAAGUUUGAAUAUCUCCUCUACGGGCACCGAGAGCAGCUGGCGUGUCACGUGUGCGCCAAGACCUUCUUGGACGAGUCCAGACUCAGGAAACACGAGAAGCUCCAUUCGGCCGAUCGUCCUUUUGCGUGUGAGAUCUGCUCUAAAGCCUUCACUACCCACGCUCACCUGAAAGAACACCUGAAGAUACACACGGGCUUCAAGCCCUACAGAUGUGAUGUUUGUGGGAAGUCCUUCAUCCGAGCGCCAGACCUGAAAAAACACGAGCGAGUCCACAGCAACGAGCGGCCGUUUGCCUGCCAGAUGUGUGAAAAGGCUUUUAAACACAAGUCUCACCUAAAAGACCACGAGAGGAGACACAGGGGAGAAAAACCGUUCGUCUGUACGUCCUGCACAAAAGCCUUCGCCAAGGCGUCCGAUCUAAAGCGCCACGAAAACAACAUGCACAGCGAGAGGAAACUCCUCCAGAGCGACACAGAUGCCCUGCAGGCGGCCGCCAUGGCUGCCGAGGAGUCACAAAUGGACAAUAUGAGCUGCUCCUAACACCUGGACUGGACUCUCUAGUUGUUUUUGUUUUUUUAAAUGGCUGUCAAAACGUGCAAAGAAGUGCCAUGUUUUCAGUCCAAACCAAACUUUGUACAUAGUUGGCUCGAUUCUACUUGAAAUAAAACACAUCUGUUCAGUUUAAUGAGCAGAAAUGUACAAUAAUUGUGCAGAGUGGACAUCUAAUCACACAACAUGGCGAGUUUAUGUAAGAAACAUGUGUAAUUCAAAUAUGG